AUUCCAUCGGAACUGUAAUGCAUCGAUGACUUCCUUUUUGCGCGGAACUGAAUACAUUGAAAGUGGAUUUUGGGGAUUCUUCAGCAUUUGACAUCAAGUAUAUGGUUUAAUGUUCUGUGUAAAAUUGGACGGUAGCGGGACAUGUUGUAGAAUCACAUACGUUUCUGAGCUGGUAAUUCCCAGUAUAAACAAACAAACAAACAAACAAAAGCCACUGGCAGAGUGGGGGAGGGUUCUGCGAUGACACAUAUACAGAGACACUAGAAUAUGUCAUAUAUAUUUAAAUCAUACCUCAUCUUGUGCUUUCCCUCAAUGUUAUCCCAUACAUUUACAUUCUUAAAAACGCCGCAUGUAUGUAACAAUAGCCAGGAAACUGAGUUUUCAUGUUUUACACAUGCAUUGUUUGAGUAGUUCUACUUCCGCUUUGCUGUCACUGGCUGCAGUGUGUGCGUGUCCUGCUUCUAGUUCAGUGGUUUGCCUCUGUGCGUGUGUGCAUGUAGAUGUUAUACAUUUUUUCGUCUCGGCGUGUAUUGUUUUCGCGUUUGAAAUGGCGAAUGGACGGAACACCAGUAGCAGCAGCAGUCUUGUGAGAUACGGAACCGUCGUGUCUGUUCUGGUGAUUCUGUUGGCUUUGUGGUACCGAUCACCCGUACAGAAUUCACUCGACCAAAGGCUUGACACAGUUUUAACAUCGCUGCUGAGAGCCGAGAGUAAAGUCGACGUAGACAGCUUUCGCAGACCCAAAGUGGCCAUAGGUUUCGGCGGCUGUGUGGACAUUAUUGUCGAUGGCGUCAAGCUCUUAAACGAGAUUGGUCUUAAACCCAGUAAAACUCCCUUUCAUCACGACUGCAUUGAAAGCAGGGAGCAGCUCUCCCAGAGCUUUGCAUACUUCUUUCCACCCGGAGCAGCCUCUGAGAGAUUCCUGUCCAAUGACACUUUGUUUAACGAGCUGGUGGAAGCAUCCCGAGGACUCCAUGGGAAUCGAUGGGCUCUCGGAGGGAACGCUGCAGUCAUGGCUAACCGACUGGCCUCGGAGGGGUGUGACGUGCUCCUGGGAGGCCGCUUCAGCCCAGAAGUCACUGAAGUCCUUUCUGAUCACGUGACAGUGGCUGGGAAGCCAGUGGAGGACCCCGAUAUUCACUUGAUUCUAGAAUACCCCACUGGGGCGAAAUGGGGAGAAUACGUCUCCAGGAGAGCAAACAGGUACAUCGUUCACAGCGAUGACCACAACCCUCUGCUGGAUUCCCUGGAGGACUUUGAGGAGCAGCUCCAGUCUUUCAGGCCCGACCUCCUUGUGAUUGGUGGGCUCCAGAUGAUGGAUAACUUUCCAUUUCAAAAAGACGUGCGUGAGGCGAGGCUGGAGCGUCUGAACGCCCUGAUGCUGUCAGUAGAUGAGACGACGGGCAUCCAUUUUGAGAUGGCCUCCUUCGUGGACGAGGGUCUGAUGCGGGCGCUGCUGAGCCGGGUGGUGCCCCAUGCCAGCUCUCUGGGUAUGAACGAGCAGGAGCUGCCCAACCUGCUCAGCCUGCUGAAGGGGGGCAGCGUCACCGUGCUCUCCGACCCCAACCCCCGCGUGGCCACCGUCCUGGACCAGAUGAGGGAGCUGUACCGGCUGCUGAGCACUGAGAGGCGGGGCCAGGCCAGGGGGCGCAGGCUCACCAGACUGCACGUCCACACCCUGGCCUUCCAGGCCAUCAUCGUGACUACAGGCUCCCCCUGGAAGAACACCAUGUCGGCCACAGCCAAGGCUUCCCUUACUGCCAACCGGCAUGUGUGCGGCUCGCCCGACAUCAACCCCAGCAAGGCCAAGCUCAUCAUGGACGACUCGUUCUCCAUCAGCCGCCAGAAAGGCAGCCAGAGAAUGCCCUUGCUGGAGACCAAGCCCGUCACCUGCUGGGAGGAGGCUGACUACGAGGUGUGCGUCGCCCCUGUGCUGGUGUGCACAGACGUGUACCAGACUGCCGGAGGAGGGGACAAUGUCUCAGCGGCUGGGUUAGUGCUGCAGAUUUAACAGGGAGGAGACACUCUGGCAAAUUACAAACUUUUUCAACUCAUGAAAGACAAUGCCCACUUAUGUGAAGUGCUCUUUAAAAUCUGUUCUCUUUUAACUUUUUUGUGUUUCUUUUAUUUCUUUUCAAAUCUUUAAACAAAUCUAGCUACGGUAGCUAUCAAAUGCAUAUUGAAGCCAUGCGCUGUCGUUUGGGACUGAGCAGCUUCAUUUUCUCAGUUUUACUGCUUAUUAUGUAGAACACAUGCUGAGUACCUUGGUGUGGUGUUCCUGCUUCUAGAUGUCUGUGGGGUUGCUGGUAAGUUUUACUACAGUUGCUUCGUCACCAAGUAUACGUAGCACUUAACUCAUACCCUGUGGGUCAUAUUUGGUACAAAAAAACAACAAAAAACAAUAGAAGUUUAUUUACAUGGGAAAUGGUAAACUAGAAGUCUUCUUUAAAAUGUCAGCCAAUGAAAGUGCAGCUCAUGAAGUAUAAUCCUGCUAGUCCUUGAUCUCUAUUGCAGUGGUACAGUAUUGUUAAUGUGACUACGUGCUGUUAAUGCUGUUUAAUUCAGGCCACGUGUUGUCUUGCACAGGCUUCAAUGAAAGUGCAGCUCAUGAAGUAUAACCCUGCUAGUCCUUGAUCUCUAUUGCAGUGGUACAGUAUUGUUAAUGUGACUACGUGCUGUUAAUGCUGUUUAAUUCAGGCCACGUGUUGUCUUGCACAGGCUUCAGACAGGUGAGGCAUUUUGCUGCCUGCAUCACUGCCAAUGCUUUCAUAUGGUGUUGGACAGAUCAGCGCGGGACGAUACCGCUAGUCCCACGGGGACGCUGAGCGGUACCAGUCAAAUCCAAUCCAGAGAGAUUUUUUUCUGGUUGCCACGCGGUAGUGUCGGUGGAUUAACCAAUCACAGCCAAGUGCUGACAACAUGGAAAAUCAUGAAUGAAACCGUGGUCUACGGGGGUGUCCAAGCACCCUGAUGUGUUUGAUCCCUCCCGUAUUUCAUACAAGGACAGGCAGGUCAGUAUUUUAUACAUCGUCCCUCAUAAGCGGGUAGCAGUGUGGAGUAGUGGUUAGGGCUCUGGACUCUUGACCGAAGGGUCUUGGGUUCAAUCCCAGGUGGGGGACACUGCUGCUGAACCCUUGAGCAAGGUACUUUACCUAGAUUGCUCCAGUAAAAACCCAACUGUAUAAUUGUAUUUAAAAAUAAUGUGAUAUCUUGUAACAAUUGUAAGUCGCCCUGGAUAAGGGCAUCUGCUAAGAAGUAAAUAAUAAUAAUAAUAAGCAUCC